UACAUAUUCAUGUGAUACUGUUCUGUGUUCAACUUUCCAGUGUAAUUUGUAUAUUUUGUUUGUGUUACAAAAUACAAGACUGUAAUUUCAAAUGAAAGGUCAGGGAGACAUAGGUUCAAAUGAAGCAAGGAAUUUUGUGAAAGAUGGAGAGUUUGAUGCCUGGAAAAAUCAUUCUAAUCACAUGAGGUCUUGCAGAAGGGGAAGUGAAUGAUCCCCGACAUAUUUGUGGCACAUUACUUACAGCAUAUUGCAGUUUCAUCUCCCUUCAGUUGCCAUUCUGCAAUAUUCACAGAGAUUCUAUAGAAAUGUAUAACUCUUCUAUGCCAAAUUCAAACAUGGGUGACCAAUAUUCUUUUAUGUCUAGUUAUUUUGCUACCAUGUCAUUUCCUUACAUGAACCAUAGUGGUUUAGGAGAGGCUUUGAAUGGUUCAGAUCCAGUAACAUUUGUUAGUGGUUGUGGUGGCCAACCCAGUGCUGGUGAUCUGCAUACACCAUACAGAGAUGGACUAUUUGAACAGAAUGGUUUCCAAGGUUAUGGCCUGGGAUUUAAUUUCUUCCCUGGAACUGGGAGUGAUUACUCAACAUGGGGAGGUACUGGAUUUGGACCCUGCAAGUCUGUGGACUUCAGUUAUACAGAAGAUCAUAAUCAAGAAUGUUAUGAACAGAACAAAGAUCGAGCUUCAUUUACAAAAUUGGAACAAAGAAUGAGUAAUCUUACAGUCAAAGAGACAAAGACUGAUGCCUCAUUUAUGGUUAUGGACUCGCAUAUGGCUUCUGUCAGUGGUAAUAUUUCUCUGGGUAGACAGGGCUGUAAUUCUUUCAACUCGGGAGUCUCAGGACAGCUAGAUGGCUAUAACAGAUUGUCAUGGUUAUCUGUUGCUAGUAAGCCAGCUAGAAUGAAAUUCAAAUCAGCACCCCUAUUCUCGAAUGAACAUUGCUCUUUAAAUAUGGAUAUUGGUACAUGGGAGAGUAAGAAUGGUAGUGACCUUGGUGGUAGUCAUUUGGGCACUCUCUCACCCUCUACUCAAACAAGACCUUCACCAUGGGAAGUACAAAGAGGUGUAGCAUCAGAUGAACCUGUAGGUGAGCCAUGUAACAACUUUUUCCAAUCCUCACCCCAUCAAAUUCUUACUGUUGAUCAACCUCUUCUUGGACCCGAUGGCCUGCCAUCACAUCCAGUCCUUAACAAACUGAAACUGGAAAAUAAUUACAACCCAAAAGAGUUUGACUUGAACCAUAAAGAUGCAAGAUUCUUCAUCAUUAAGUCAUUUUCUGAGGAUGACAUUCACAGAUCGAUCAAGUAUUCAGUGUGGUGUUCCACAGAACAUGGUAACAAAAGAUUGGAUGCUGCUUUUCAAGAACAGAAGGGUAGGGGGCCAGUCUGUCUGUUCUUUAGUGUCAAUGGUUCUGGACAUUUCUGCGGAAUGGCCCAGAUGAUGUCUGCAGUGGACUAUAACACUUCAGUAGGAGUUUGGGCUCAGGAUAAAUGGAAGGGUCAGUUUAAGGUCAGUUGGAUCUAUGUAAAAGAUGUGCCAAACUCGCAGCUGCGUCACAUCAGACUAGAAAAUAAUGAAAACAAGCCUGUUACAAACUCUCGUGACACUCAAGAAGUUCCAGCAGAAAAGGGAAAACAAGUGCUGAAAAUAAUUCACAAUUACCACCAUAACACUUCCAUCUUUGAUGACUUCCUCCAUUAUGAAAAACGUCAAAAAGAUGAACAAAGGAGAUCACAGAUCAGAAGAAGAUCAGAUCAAAAGAGAUAAUUAGACUGGUCAGUGACAACUAAUACUGUGACUUGAGCUAUGUAGUGACACAGAUUGUGUCAUUACUGCCUCUGUUUUUUUUUUUUGUUACUAAUUUUGAGCACAAAAA